AUGGGCGCUUGUCUGUCUGCUGAGCAGUCACACGAUACGCCCGAGUACAAAAGAUCCAAAGCGCUCGAUCGACGGAUCAAAGAGGAUGAAAAGAAUCUUUCAAGAGAAGUCAAGCUGCUUCUCUUGGGUGCAGGAGAGAGUGGCAAAUCCACCAUCCUCAAGUCGAUGCGCAUCAUCCACCACAUCCCCUUCACCGACGAGGAGCGUGAAAAUUUUCGAAGGCUCGUCUUUCUCAAUCUCGUUCAAGGCAUGAAGACCAUCCUCGACGUCAUGGAAGAGUGGUCCAUCGAUUUCCAAGACGACAGCAACAUCGACCAUCUUUUGCUCUUCGUCAGUUAUCCCGACAUCUCGGAAGAUGAGCCGUUCCCUACUAAUUACCUGGUCGCACUCAAGGACCUCUGGCUUGAUCAAGGUGUACAGUCUGUCUAUCGAAGGGGAAAUGAGGCCGCCGUACCUGACAACAUGUCGUACUACUAUACCGACCUCGACCGUCUCUUUAGCCCCUCCUACAUCCCGUCUGAGGACGACAUCUUGCGGUGUCGGAACAAGACCACCGGGAUCAUCGAGACCACCUUCCCACUACAAGACCACGUCUACCGCAUCUUCGACGUCGGUGGACAGAGGUCUGAGCGAAAAAAAUGGAUCCACUGCUUCGAGAACGUCACCGCCGUCCUCUUCUGCGUCGCACUCUCGGGUUACGACUCGUGUCUGGUCGAAGACAAGGACUCGAACCAGAUGCAAGAAGCGCUCAUGCUCUUUGACUCGAUCUGCAACUCCAAGUGGUUUGCACGUACAUCCAUGAUUCUCUUCCUCAACAAAGUCGAUGUCUUCCGCCAGAAAAUCGCCUACUCGAGCAUCAAGCACUACUUCCCAGACUACGACGGAGAUGAUCAAGACUUCAAUGCGGCAAGAAGCUACUUCAAGGCGAGGUUCUGCAGACUGAAUCGAAGCGUCAACAAGGAGAUCUAUCCGAGCUUCACCAACGCCACCGACGUCUCGUUGUUGAAGAUCGUCAUGGCCAGCGUUACCGACAUUAUCCUGACCAACAACUUGAGGGAUAUCGUACUAUGA